UGUGUCAGGUCUUUCCUUCCCGCAUCUCCUCUUUUCUUUCCUCCGUGUAUCCUCCUCCCCCCCUCCCGUCACCCGAUGGGAUUGCCUUCCCGGAGUUAUCAGGCCGCCCGGGAGCUCCGCUGAGAGCAGCCUUUAUCUCCCCCGGGCAUCAUGUGGCCGCUGUUGCGGAGGCUGCUACGGGUCUCCAAUCGAUCCAUCUUCGCCUUCCUGUUCUUCUUCUCAUUGUCAUCGUCUUGCCUGUACUUCAUCUAUGUGGCCCCCGGAAUAGCAAAUACCUACCUCUUCAUGGUACAAGCUCAAGGCAUAAUGCUCAGAGACAAUGUUAGAACAAUCGGGCAUAUGAUAAGACAGUACACCAGUAAAAACACUACACUCAAUGGAACAGAUUAUCCUGACGGUACCAAUGCAACUGACCUUACUGCUCAGGCCCCAGUAUUUCUACCAUAUUCUCCUCACCUUCCAUGUCCAGAAAAGCUGCCUUUUAUGCGUGGACAUGUAAGUGUCAAUAUGAGUGAAAUUACUUUGGAUUAUGUAAGUGAGCUAUUUUCAAAGAAUAUGAAUAUUAGACCAGGUGGCCAUUGGAGACCAGUGGAUUGCACUCCAAGAUGGAAGGUGGCCAUUCUUAUUCCAUUUCGCAACCGACAUGAACACCUCCCUAUUUUCUUCAGACAUCUUAUACCAAUUCUGCAAAAACAGCGUUUGGAAUUUGCCUUCUAUGUCAUUGAGCACCUUCCCUCCAAUGAAUUCUUUGGCGGUGUUAGUGGCUUGACCGUGCACCAGUUUAGAAAGAUAAAUGGAUUUCCCAAUGCCUUCUGGGGAUGGGGAGGUGAAGACGAUGAUCUGUGGAACAGGGUCCAUUUAGCUGGUUUCAACGUGUCUAGACCAGAAGGGGAUAUAGGAAAAUACAAGUCAAUUCCUCAUCAUCAUAGAGGAGAAGUCCAAUUUCUUGGCCGAUACAAAUUAUUGCGGUAUUCCAAAGAACGUCAGUACCUUGAUGGGCUAAAUAAUUUAAUAUAUGCUCCAAACAUUGUGAUUGAUAAACUGUUCAAAAAUAUAACUGUAAAUCUUGUACCAGAGCUGGCUCCUGUAAAAGACUACUAAUGGAUGUACACUGUCAUGAACUAUGCCUAUCUGUGGGUUAUCUCACAAGUACUUCCCCAAGUUGAAUUUUGGUAGCUCAAGUACUAUUAUUCCUAAUGAAUGUGUGACCAUGCAUUCUGAAGCCAGCAGCUGCUAUAUUGAUGUUUACAGCAGAAGACUUCUCGUAAUGCAAGCCUUGUCUCACUCACCAAAUGCUACGUUUUUAUUCAGAUUCACUGUAUAUAAAUGGGAACCGAUUUUGAAAAAAAACGAAGACUUUUUUGUUUUGCACCGAUCAACUGUAAUUUGGUUAAAAUAAUUGCUUUAUAUUUCUGUUUUAAAAUGUGAUUGCAUUGAAUUGGAUUUAUAUACCAGUUUGUAUGUAAAUAUGUUUGUGUGUGUGUAUAUAUAUAUAUAUAUACAUAAAUGUUGCAGAUAUUUGGAUACACACACAAUACGUUUCUAUGUUGUAAACUUCUUUUUUUCUUUAUAGUUUCUUUCCAUUUUUCCCCCUAUCCACCACUUUGUUUAGCAUGUAUCGGUUGCAUUAAUGUAUUUUGCUUUGUUUUAGGAUAAUACACAUUUGUUGAUAAUUGCAUGGUAAAGAGUGUAAAUAUUAGAAUUUUAAAACCUAUUUAAGCUUUACAUAUAAUGAAGGAAUACUUUGUAAGUAAUGGCCAGCUAUGACUGUAAACUGUUAAAUUGGUUUGUGAGCUUCAGGCCUUUUAUAGAUAUGUCUUGGGGUUUAUCCUCAGAACUUGGAUCUGCAAUAUGACUAUCCCAUGCAAAUUUCUUCUUGUGUGCACAGAAAAGGCUAAUGCUAUGAACAGUUGUUUCCAAGAUUUGUAAUGGCGUAAUUUAUUCUUUGGCAUAAUAAUCAUUCAGUAUGUCUUAAAUACAUAUAAUUUAUAUACAAGUUGUCAACAAAAUAAUGUGCCAACUGUUUCAAACGUCAGGGAGCUUAUGCCAAGAAUUAUUUUUUAUAUAUAUAUUUUAGGUUGCUAAUUUAUUUUCAUGAUUUCUUGUUUUAUCUGUAUAUUUUGGUAGAGCAUACUUUUAGUUAAAAUGUGAAUGAACCAACAUGUUUUCUUCCAUCGAAGACUGACAUAUUGGUGAUGUUUUCCUAAAAGUAUACAAUAUAAUUAAUGUUGCUUGCAUUUUAAGUGCUUUAUUCUCCAUUUUUGGAGGUGAAUACAUUUGGUAUUUUAUUUUUUUAUUGUUGACUUUAAUUUUCAAAGUUGAAAGAAAUGUCUUUUACCAUUUUUGUGUGUGAGGUGAACUUUAAUUACUUUAUACUGAAGAAUGCAAAACAAAAAUGCCUUUUAGAUUGGAACAUUUAAUAUAUCUUGUGUUAGGAAGUUUAUAUAAUCUGCAUACAUUGCUAAAUGUGGAGCACAAAUAUGUUACUUUUUUUUUUAUUUAUUAAUAAAACUGCUCUGUGAUAUCGAAUAAGGA